AUGGAGAAGGCAAACAGCUCAAGAGAAGAUUCAGAAUGGUCAACUCUGGAUAGAAACAUACUUGCCAUUGUCUUCGAUAAGCUCGACAUAAUGGACAUUACCAUGGGAGCUUCGCGUGAUCUCAUGUUUGUUGCUGAGAGGAUGCCAAACAUAGAGAAACUUGCUUUACCAGUUUCAUUGUCACUGUAUAAUGAGAUUCGAGUCCUGGGAAGGAACUGCAGUAACCUCAACAACUUGAAACUUAUGGGUUAUUUGGAAAAUUACGAUACUGUGCAAAUCGUGCGUUACCUCCAGAGCCUGAAGAGGUUGAGUUUACAAUGCUCUGAGGUCUAUGUUGAAGAUGUUAUCUCGCUAAUCAGAGGUCUGGGAAACCUCACGAUCCUUAACCUGACACAUUGCCGAUACUUGUCCAAUAGUUAUAUCACGAGAAAUCAUAUUGUACAAGCUGCCACUCAUCAGAAGCUUGAAAAACUUAUCAUGUGCUCCAGAAAUAAUUGCAGAGUUUGCCAAAAAGAGCGACCUAGACUGUUUGGGUGGAAUACUUAUUUCGAGAAGUAUUGGCGAAAUGAUGAGAUAAAGGAACUUGAAUUUUGA